AGUCUCUUCCUUGUCUAACUCUUUUGUUUUCCUAAACAAAAUGCCCAUAAGUGAAACAAUUCUUGGUGCCAUUCUUAGUGUUGUUUUAGAUAAGCUUGCAUCCAAACAAGUCCUGAACUAUCUAAAAUCAUCAAAACUUGAUGAAUCUUGUUUGAAAAAGCUUAAACAUUUGAUGCUAGUUGUUGAAAAGCUUCUUGCUGAUGCAGAACACAAACAGACCAUUAACCCUGCAGUGAAAUCAUGGCUUAGUGAACUCAAACACUUAUUCUAUCGCGCUGAAGAGCUUGUCGAUGAGAUUGCUACUGAAGCAAUACAUGCUUCUAUGGAUGCGAGUUCCAGACGUAAAUCAUUGAAAACCAAAGUAAGGAACUUGAUUCCUCCAUUUAGUACCUCUUCUUCUUUUGCCAAAAUUGUUAAUUUGGGUCUUAAGGAGAUUAUUAGUCAAUUAGAAGAUAUGGUAAGUGAGUCUAGUGCAUUGAAUCUUAGAGAAGAUUAUGGUAGCAACAUAGAAGUUUCUACAAGGAUUACAAUUCCAACUAGUUAUAUGCUUGAUGAUACCCAUGUUGUUGGUAGGGAACAUGAGAAGGAGGAGGUAUUGAACAAACUUCUAUAUGAGGAAAGUGAAAGACACAAGAUUAGUGUUGUAGCUAUAGUGGGUAUGGGUGGCUUGGGUAAAACUACUCUUGCUAAGAUGGUGUAUAAUGAUGAUAAGUUGGGUUUGUUUAAUCUUAAAGCUUGGGUGCAUGUGUCUGAUCAAUUUGAUGUUUCUAAGGUGACAAAGUCUAUUCUUGAAUGCAUUACUCUUGGGGCAUACUCAGGCUCGCUUGAAUUGAGUGUGCUUCAGUAUGAGUUGAGCAAGAUGUUGAAAGACAAUAGAUUUCUUCUUGUGUUGGAUGAUGUAUGGAAUGAGAAAUACGAAGAUUGGGAUUGCUUGAGGGUUCCAUUUAGUCUUGGUGCGAGAGGGAGUAAAGUUAUUGUCACAACGAGGAAUGAUGGGGUUGCGACAACCAUGCGCACAACUAAUGUGAUCCGUUUGAAGCCCUUGUCGGAGGAAGAUGGAUGGUUGUUGUUUUCAAAACAUGCUCUUGGGGUUGAAAGUUCGAGUUCAAAUCUGCAUUCGGAGUUCCAUGAUGUUGGUCGAAAAAUUGUUCAGAAGUGCAGUGGUUUGCCUCUUGCUAUUAAAACUCUAGGUGGGUUAUUGUGGUCUAAACAGGAUAUCAAGGAAUGGAAAGUUAUUCUAGAAAGUUCUGUGUGGGAUUGUCAUGAUGGUAAAAGCAGUAUUGUUCCUGCUCUAAGGCUUAGUUAUUAUCACUUGCCUUCCCAUUUGAAGCAAUGCUUUUCUUAUUGUGCCCUUUUUCCUAAAGGUCAUAGGUUUGACAGGAAAGGAUUGGUGCUGUUAUGGAUGGCGGAAAAUUUUGUGCAGUCGAUUCAGCGUAGUAGGAGGAUAGAAGACAUAGGGGAGGAUUACGUAAAUCAGUUGAUAUCAUAUUCGUUUUUCGAAAAAACUGACACUAAUGAACUUCUUAUGCAUGAUCUUAUACAUGAUCUAGCUCAAGAAAUAUCAGGGGACUUUUUGUCGCGCCUAGAGAAUGCACAGACAACAUCGGAGAUUUCUGAAAAGACUAGAUACUUCUCUUAUUUUCGAGAUCAUUAUGAUAUCUUCUCUAAAUUUGGUCUUCUCCAUGUAGCCAAGUAUAUGAGGACCUUUUAUCAAUUGCCAAAGUGGACUUCAUUUGCAGAAUUGGGUGCAACAUAUGGGAUUUGUAAUUGCUACUUGAGCAUUAAACUUCCUAUUGAACUUAUUCCCCGCUUUCAUUGUCUACGUGUCUUGUCUCUCUCGAGAUAUUUUGUUAUUCAGCUACCUGAAUCUAUAGGAAAUCUAAAACAACUCCGCUUCCUAGAUGUAUCCGAAACAGGAAUCAAGAAGUUGCCUAAGUCAAUCUGCAAUUUGUACCAUUUACAAACUCUUUUGUUGUCCCAAUGCAAGGAUCUUGAACGACUGCCAGAAAAUAUGUCGAUACUAAUGUCACUGCGCCAUCUUGAUAUAAGGGGAACAUCAUCACUUCGAGAGAUGCCUAAGCAAAUGAGAAAAUUGAGUUCUUUGCAAACUAUGACGGAUUUUGUUGUGAGCAAGCACGGUGGAGCAAGUAUCCGAGAGUUAAGCGAGUUGAUGCAGAUUCGUGGUGAACUUUCAAUCCGAAGUUUGCAAAAUGUGUCUUCCCCCGAUGACGCCUUAGAUGCAAAUUUGAGCAGUAGGGAAAAUCUCCAUGUGUUGGCACUUGAAUAUGAUGAUGAUAAUAGCGGUGAAAACUUCGACUUUGAAACUGUUCUAGAAUAUUUGAAGCCACCAGCAAACUUGGAAAAACUGAUGAUAAGAAACUACCGAGGUAAGAAGUUUCCAAGUUGGUUGGAUACCCAACUUUCAAUGUACACAAAUGUUGUCAAUUUGUGUCUUAAUGGCUGUAAAAAUUGCAACUCAUUACCGCCACUCGGGCAAUUAUCUUCUCUGAUGCACCUCGAAAUUAUGGGAAUGGACCUUAUAACAAGUGUCAAGGCCGAGUUCUAUGCUUACAACUCCGGUUUGAGCAAUCCGUUUCCUGUCUUAUGUAGUCUUGUUUUCAAGGAGAUGAAGAGUUGGGAAGUGUGGUUAGGACAUGAAAUGGAAGGUAAAGGGCUUCCUUUUCCCCGUCUUGAGACACUCACCUUACAAAAUUGCCCGAAACUCAAAGGUGACUUUCCUGUUCAUUUACCGACUUUAAAAGAACUCAACACAGAUGGGUGUGACAAAUUGCCCAAUUCAUUCUUACAUCCCUUGCACUGUCCACCACAGUCAGUUUCCGCGAGUUCAUUUCAUCUUUCAUCGCUUACCUCCUUAAAAUUGCAUAACUUAGUGUGGUUAGCGAGCUUACCCCCACAAAUAGAAACACUUUCGAAUCUAGAAACCAUGUCUAUACACAACAGUCCCAGCCUAGUCUCGCUAGCAGAAAUCAGAUUACCUCCGAACAUCAAAUGCCUUAAAAUAAAAGAGUGUGAAAUUCUCGAGUCUCUACCAAAUGCAAUGGUUAACUCAACCCAACUUCGAGAAUUUUCAGUAGAACACUGUCCUUGUCUAAGUUCCAAUGACGAGGAUACCCUGCCCACUUCAUUAUCAGAUCUUAGAAUCAAAUCAUGUGCGAGGUGGAAGUUUUCCUUAUUUGACUCCCAUAAUACUUCUAAGAUGCAACAAUACUCCUCCCUCGAGUUCUUACGAAUCAUAAACAUUGGAAACGCUUUUGCAUCCUUUCCCUUGGGUGUCCUCCCGAAACUCCAACAUCUUCUCCUUAACAAUUGUACCGACCUUCAAGCUGUGUAUAUUGCGACAGGAAUAGACCUCAACAACUUGAAAUCUCUUCAAAGGUUGAUCAUCAAAAACAAUCCCAUAUUAAGAUACAUAGGGAAAACACAGAGCUUAGGGGCAGUAAAUCUUCCUACUCCGAAUCUAAGAGAUUUUCGUGUCUUAUCAUGUAAUCAUGUAAAACCGCUAACAAGAGAUUGGGAAGGUUUACCAUCAUCUCAUCUAGAAAUUCUAGUCAUUGACAGUUUCGAGAAGAUAAGUUCACACAAGAGUACUCAGACUUUAUUCGCGUUUUCUUGUUUAAGAGUUCUAUCUAUACAAUGCCAUGUUGCAGAGUUCUUACCAGAGAAGGGUAGUCUUCCUAUUACAAUUAGUACACUUAGCCUAGUGAGGUGUCCCAACUUGAAAGUCCUGAAUAUGGAAGAACUUAAAAGGCUUAAAUGUUUAAUUGAAUUACAUAUUUUGAACUGUCCUAAUCUGAUAUGUUUGCCUGAUGAGGAGCUGCCCCCUACUCUUGGUCGUUUGGAUAUAGUCGGAUGCCCAUUGCUGGAAGCACGAUGCGAGAGGAAUAUAGGCCGUGAUUGGCCUAAGAUUCGUAACCUUCCUUGUGUGAAGAUCAACCGCAUUGUCAUCUAACAUGUGAGCUGCUUUUGUGAAAGACGGUUUCUCGACGAGAGGACCUCAAAUAAAAAGCUCAUGUUAUGUUCUCAUAGUAUGUAUUAGAUGUGUUAUUCAACACAUGUAUGAGACUCAUCUCUGAAUGAGAGUGUCUCAUACAACAAUUUGUGCUAACAUAUUGAAGCACAUCAAUAAGGGUGAUUAUGAAUUUUGAACUCUUUUGCAUUUAUCAUGUAUACACUUACCUGUUAUUCUUUUUUUUGUGUAAAAAAUCCCCAUUUAUGCAAAGUUAGAGGAGC